AUGCACGGCGAACACCGUCGAUCGCCAACGCUCGACAUGGACCAGGACGCGACCCCGCUUCUGUUCAAGGACAAGGACUUCGAGGCGACCCCUCCAUCCGCCGGAUGGUGGCGGAGCAAGCCACGAUUCGGUCGGCGGCUGGUGCCACUCGUGCUCGUGAUCGCCGUGCUCGUCUUUGGGGGAUUGUUCAUGCUCCGCGGCGUGCCGGAACACCUCCGAAGUGCAGCCUCGCGGGAAGAUGACCUCGACCUCGUCGUGCGCCUUCGCCUCCUCCUGCAGCGGAUGGAGGAGCACUACGCCUCGAACCCGGAUCACGACACUACGAUUCUCACCUUGCCGGCCAUUCGGCGCCUCCUCGAUUGUGUCGAGAAGGAGACCUGUGGACCGGGGGAGCGUGAUGUUGUCAUCUUUGCCUGCCAGCGCUUCGCGGGCGCCGAGAAGGGCCGCGUCUCCGGCGAGAACAUCUGGGCCGCGAGCACCAUCCGCUCCUUCCGCGCCAUGAACAACACGAUGCUUUACGGACAGGGCUCCAUGGACUCGCUGCUGAUGUACCAGCACGUUCCGGAGCUUGUGCGCCUUGUCUUCUGGGAGAGCAGCAGUCUAGACGCCUGCAUCGCGCGUAACGGCACACUCGAUGCGUAUGAGGACGAGGAUUACCGCCGCGCGGCCGACAACUGGCAGGGCGGCCGCGGAAGGGAGAAAGGCUGCAUGGUGCGCGACGACUUCCCGGACGGCAUUCCCUACUACAAGUCGCUCGUGUUCCACUUCUGGGGCGACGCGCGCACUCCCCUCGGACACGAAUUCACACUCGCCCCUUGGGACUUCAGCAUGCUGCACGACGACACGAACCGCUACCUCGGCUUCAGCAUCGAGGACCACUGCAUGACGAACAAGUACUAUCCCCCCGAGGAGCGGAAACACCAGGCCCUCAUUUUGGGCAAACUCGCCGAGUACUUCUAUCCCGGACCGCACAACUGGAUCGCGCACGAGACGCUCGAGGAGGCCGUCCAGGACCUGCCCAAGGAGAACGGGGAGGACUUCAAGCUCAUCGCUACUGCAAAGCAGGACGGCGUGAAUGGCUCGACCGCUGUCCUCCCGGAGCACAUCACGAAUCUCGGCUUCCAGAAGCAGCACGAGUGGACCGACCUGCUCGCGCGGUCGAAAGUGAUGCGUCUCCCACCCCGGAAAUCAGCUAACGUCCAGAUCGGCCUCGGAUGGCCCGCGUACAGCCCCUCACCUUUUGAUGCGCUCUGCGUCGGCGUCCCCUUCAUCAACCCGAUCCAAUAUGUCAACCUCGAGCAUCCAGACGACCGCAAGGGAUGGCGCACACAGAAUGACGCCCUGCUCGCCCUUGACCCGCCCUACGUCUACCACGUACACAAGGAGAACGCGACCGAGCUGGCACAUGCGCUCAAGUCGGCUAUCGAGAAUCCCAUCCCAAGGUUCAUUCGUGAGUACGACACCCAUGGCAUCCAAGAUUGUUCAACGUUCCACUCGAUGAACUGGAAUGGCAUUCGGUCCGGCCCGUCUGACUCUGGCUCUGCUCGGACGUUCGCUGACCCACCAGCCGAGAACAUGAAGUUCGAAAACGUCCUCGAGCGCCACCGCGUCCUGAUGACGCGCAACCCACUCGUCGUCGCCGAGGCCCAGUGGGAGAAGCUCUACGGCAGCAACCCCGCCAUGGAGUACCUCCUUCUCCCUGGCGCUAACUCGACGGCGUACGAGCGGAUUCAUUGGCAGUACAGGAAGACGUCGGGAUAA